AUGGAUCCAUUUGUGGUGCUGGUGCUCUGUCUCUCCUGUUUGCUUCUCCUUUCAGUCUGGAGACAGAGUUCUGCAAGAGGGAAGCUCCCACCGGGCCCCACUCCUCUCCCAAUUAUUGGAAAUAUCCUACAGAUAAAUGUUAAGAACAUCAGCAAAUCAUUAAGCAAUUUCUCAAAAGUCCAUGGCCCUGUGUUCACUCUUUAUUUUGGCAUGAAGCCCACGGUCGUGUUGCAUGGAUAUGAAGCAGUGAAGGAAGCCCUGAUCGAUAUGGGAGAGGAGUUUUCUGGAAGAGGCAGUCACCCAGUGAUGGACAGAGUUAGUAAAGGACAUGGAAUCAUUUUUAGCAAUGGAAAGAGAUGGAAAGAGACCCGGCGUUUCUCGCUCAAGACCCUGCGGAAUUUGGGGAUGGGAAAGAGGACUAUUGAGGACCGUGUUCAAGAGGAAGCCCGCUGCCUUGUGGAGGAGCUGAGAAAAACCAACGCCUCACCCUGUGAUCCCACUUUUUUCUUGUGCUGUGCUACCUGCAAUGUGAUCUGCUCCAUUAUGUUCCAGAAUCGUUUUGAUUAUAAAGAUCAGAAUUUUCUAAACUUGAUGGAAAAAAACAGUGAAAACAACAACUAUCUGAGCUCUCCAUGGAUGCAAAUCUGCAGUAAUUUCCCUUUUCUCAUUAAUUAUUUACCGGGGAUUAUGAAAAAAUUCUUUAAAAAUACGGCGUAUGUGAAAAAUUAUAUUUCGGAGAAAGUAAAAGAACACCAAGAAUCACUAGAUAUUCACAAUCCUCGGGACUUUGUUGAUUAUUUCCUGAUCAAAAUGGAGCAGGAAAAGCACAAACAGCAGUUGGAGUUUACCUUUGAACACAUGGUCAUUACUGCCCUUGAUUUGUUUGGAGCUGGCACAGAGACCACAAGCACCACCCUGAGAUAUGGACUCCUGCUCCUGCUGAAGCACCCAGAGGUCACAGAAAAAUCCUGGAGGAUGUGCUCCAUCCAAAUGUCUGAAACCAAGUCAGAUGAAGUCAUGGGCUCCAGGAAUCAGGAGGCCUCAUGUAGGAGAAUGAGACUGUCAGGGAGGCUGCUGGUCACCAGGCCUAGAAAACACCCCUUCAGAAAGGACCAGGUGGACAAUGCAG